AUGGCGAUCUGUAUCACCUUUGGCACGCAUGAGUUCACCUCCAUGCUGGAGGGCUACGAGAAUGUCCGCGCUUACUGCUACAACUGCCAACAUUGGAAUGGACAUUGUCUGACGCGAUGGCCGUUUUUCACCGUCUGCUUCGUUCCUGUGAUCCCACUCGCCAUGCACAAGUACAAGGAGGUUACUUGCUACACUUGCCGCUUCACCCAAGAUCUACGGGACCGACCUGAUAUUACGCCUGACACAAGACCACCCCCACACAUGCAAUGGGGUCCCCAGCCUCCCCCUGGCGCUCAGUGGCAGCAACAGCAACCUCAAUUGCAGUCGCCUCCAGUGGCUCAUGGAGCUCAGCAACCACCUGAAAGCUACAAGUGA